UCGCUAAACAGGAAGUGUCUUAUAGCCAUUUUACAGAUGUGAAAGCUGAGACCAAGGAGGAGUUGCUUGAUUGCGAUGUUGUUGUGUUUACAAACCGCCUUGAGCUUCAGAAAGGUGGGUGUCAAGGUUUCUAAAAACUAAAUUAAGUAUAUAAAUCACACUAGACCAUCACUUCAACCCAGUCCAGGCAGAACUGAAUUAGAAUUUGAACUCAGGUCUUCUGCUACAUAACAGGGCGCGCUGGCCCUGAGAUGAUUCAGAAAACCUGCUACCUGCUUCCGGGAAGCCAAAUAGCUGGUUAACAAUUCCAUUUAGUGUCUUCCUUCCUCCUCUCUCCCUCCCUCUAAGCACAAGUCAGAACGAGUCGUGAUAACUAAUGGAGCAUCCAGUUUCAGAGACAGUAUACCAGUGAAUACCAGGUGCUGAGGAUAAACAACAUGGGAAUGCGUCUCUUCUUCUGGUCCUUCGUGUGAGCUCUCAGAGGACAUUGAUCCAACAAGGCAAUAUCUAUAUUAAACCUAGAAGUAGUUGGCAACAACACUUAACGAGGGCGAUGUUUAGAGCUUUCGCACUUCUCUCCUCUUGUCAAGUAAGGGAACAGCGAAGUGCAAGUCAAAAAGAAAAUCAAAACCAGCCCUCUGCUCUCCACGCUGAAAGCGUCCUAGAAACAAUGACAGCUGGGAAGGCAGGUUACCUGUUGCAG